UCGUGGGGUGCGUAAAUGCAAAACGGCCGCGCCUCUCGUCCUCCCCAGUCAUCGUCAGCACCGCAGGAACCUCGGGUUGGGUUGGAGAAGCCGCGGUAAAACCCUAGCUCGAGAUCGCGAACCGGAGCCGACGAGAGGAGGGAGGCGAGGUCAAGAGAGGAGGAGGCGAUAUGCAGAUCUUCGUGAAGACGCUGACGGGGAAGACCAUCACGCUCGAGGUCGAGAGCAGCGACACCAUCGACAGUGUCAAGGCCAAGAUCCAGGACAAGGAGGGCAUUCCCCCAGACCAGCAAAGACUUAUUUUUGCUGGUAAGCAAUUGGAAGAUGGGAGAACAUUGGCCGAUUACAACAUUCAGAAAGAGUCAACGCUUCAUUUGGUCCUGAGGCUCAGGGGUGGAACUAUGAUCAAGGUGAAGACACUUACUGGGAAGGAAAUCGAGAUUGACAUUGAGCCCACUGACACGAUUGAUAGGAUCAAGGAGCGUGUUGAGGAGAAAGAGGGUAUCCCACCUAUUCAACAGAGGCUUAUUUAUGCUGGGAAGCAACUUGCUGAUGAUAAAACUGCGAAGGAUUACAACAUUGAAGGCGGUUCAGUGCUCCAUCUUGUGCUUGCUCUGAGGGGUGGCCAGUAGAUUCAACUUCUUCCUGUAGUUUCUCUCGAGGAAAAAGCAUAUGCUUAUGCCAUUUCAGUAUUUCUUCCUAUAUUGGUUUCAGAUAUAAUAGCCUUGUAUUCGAUGGUUAAUUGAAGUACCAUGUGAUUGAUGGACUAGAAUCAAGUGUCAUCUGUACUGGAAAGGAAAUGCUUGAACUAAGUUUACCAGAUGCCAUCUGACAUCUGGUUUCCCUGAA